GGUUGGAGUGUGGGAGGGUUGUGCAUUUUCCCAGCUCCACAGCUGUGACCCAGGGCAAGACCCCCUGUUUGCUGCUGCUGGAGCCCCCCACACCCACGGAGCGCAGCAGGGCACAAGCAGGGCUGGUGUGUGCUCGUUCCAGCGCACAGGGCACGCUGAGCCUGCCCGGCUGUGUCGGGGUCAGGGCUCAGCUCGGUGUCCCCGGAGCGGAGGCCGUGGUGGCACCCCCACAUCGCGCCGCCGUGCUUCUCUGGGUGCACCUUCCUCCUUGCAGCGCUCGUUGCUAUGCGACCGCCGGCUCCUGAUGCUUAAUGCUCUAAUACGGAGGGAUAAAACCACUCUAAAAAUACCCCGCUGCCGGCCCCCCACGGGGGCAAGGGGGCUGCCGGGGGGCAGGCGGCCGAGGCAGGGGGGCUGCCGGGCACUUCCCAAACUCGCCGUCCUCUAAGUGGCUUUGAGGCGCGGGCUGGGGCUCUGGGUGGCACGGGCUGUGUGCCGGUGCAGCGGGGAUUGGCUGGGGCUGGCGCGUGGGCUCCUGCGGCUCAGCUCCCCUGGCAGAGCAGCUCCAGCCAGAGCCGGCAGCGCUCCGGCUGCCCUGCCUGCACCGUGCCCCACGGGACUGGAGAGCUGCCCCGGGUASCUGCACAGCGCUGGGGAGCCACUGCCCACUGCGUGCACCUGCCUGGCCUCUGCCUGCUCCUGUCUGACCUCUGCCUGGGCCUGCCGUGCCGUCCCGGAGCUGGGUGCAUCCUGCGUGGGACCCCCGCGGCAUGGGGACAGUCAGCGAGCUCUGCGCCUCCAGUUUCCAGGCAUUCCUGUGCCCCUCAGUGGCUGCCAAGGCAGUGCCCAGUGACCUGACCCCAGAGGAGUGCCAGGAGCUGGAGAACAUCCGCCGCCGAAAGCAGGAGCUGCUGGCUGACAUUCAGCGCCUGAAGGAUGAGAUAGCAGAGGUGACGAAUGAGAUUGAGAACCUGGGCUCCACGGAGGAGAGGAAAAACAUGCAGAGGAACAAGCAGGUGGCCAUGGGCAGGAAGAAGUUCAACAUGGAUCCUAAGAAGGGCAUCCAGUUCCUGAUUGAGAACGACCUGCUGAAGAACACGUGCGAGGACAUCGCUCAGUUCCUGUACAAGGGAGAGGGCCUCAACAAGACAGCCAUCGGCGACUACCUGGGCGAGAGGGAUGAGUUCAACAUCCAGGUCCUGCAUGCCUUUGUGGAGCUGCACGAAUUCACCGACCUCAACCUGGUGCAGGCUCUGCGGCAGUUCCUGUGGAGUUUCCGUUUGCCUGGGGAGGCACAGAAGAUCGACCGCAUGAUGGAGGCGUUUGCSCAGCGGUACUGCCAGUGCAACCCCGGCGUCUUCCAGUCCACAGGUGAGUGCCUACUCCAGACAGCCUCCCUGGCAUCCUGCCCGUGUCUGACUGGCCCCUGUGCCCCCACAGACACCUGCUACGUGCUGUCCUUUGCCAUCAUCAUGCUGAACACGAGCCUGCACAACCCCAACGUGAAGGACAAGCCCACGGCAGAGCGAUUCAUCGCCAUGAACCGCGGCAUCAAYGAYGGGGGGGACCUGCCCGAGGAGCUGCUGCAGAAUCUGUAUGAGAGCAUCAAGAAUGAGCCCUUCAAAAUCCCUGAGGACGACGGCAAYGACCUCACCCACACCUUCUUCAACCCCGAUCGGGAGGGCUGGCUGCUGAAGCUUGGAGGCAGGGUGAAGACGUGGAAGCGGCGCUGGUUCAUCCUGACUGACAACUGCCUUUACUACUUUGAGUACACGACGGAUAAAGAGCCCCGUGGCAUCAUUCCGCUGGAGAACCUGAGCAUCCGCGAGGUGGAGGACUCGAAGAAGCCCAACUGCUUCGAGCUCUACAUCCCUGACAACAAGGACCAGGUGAUCAAGGCCUGCAAGACAGAGGCGGAUGGACGUGUGGUGGAGGGAAACCACACCGUGUAUCGCAUCUCUGCCCCCACGCCCGAGGAGAAGGAGGAGUGGAUCAAGUGCAUCAAGGCAGCCAUCAGCCGGGACCCCUUCUACGAGAUGCUGGCUGCCAGGAAGAAGAAGGUCUCCUCCACCAAGAGGCACUAGCAGCCAGAGUGGCCCUGCGAGGCCAGCGUGCCCGUGUGGCAGCCCCAGUGUCCCCCAGCACGGGGGUCUGCGGGGCAGAGAGCACGCUGCAGCCUGGCCCUCAAGGCCCAAGGCCGAGCUUCAGCUUUGCCRUUUCUUUACUGUGGUGGGAGGAGAGGGGCACAGGAUCUCUGUGACUCUGCCCCCAUCACUGCCUCAUCACCAGGACAGCAUCUUCACAGGCUCAAGCUGGAACACAGCCCCCGUACACCCCUGGGAGCCGCAGCCUCACGCCACGGGCACCCUCCCUGCCUCUGACCCCCAGGAAUCCUGCGGCCACAGGGCACUGGGUCCCCCAGCACCCGCCUKCACAGGCACCUGGGGUGUCCCUUCAGGAGGGAGCAGCUGGUGGGGAGCAGCUGGUGUUGGUUUUGGGGUGUCAGCCCCAGGGAGGCCCUGCCGAGACACAGCGCCCGGCCCUCGUUGUAGCGGGCCUGGGUCUGUCCUGGGCAUCCCCACGCUGCUGCCUUGGACCCUCCCGGCCAUCCCCUGCUCUGCAAUGGUCCCCACGGGCACAGCAGGACUGGAGGGCAGCGGCUGGCAGUGUCACAGUGAGCAGGGUUGGCACACAGGACACAGAGGUGCCCUGGCCCAGCCAUGGGUGGUGUGGCAGCACUGGGUGUCACUGUCCUGGCACAUCCUUUGGCACAGCCCUGGCCCGGGGGGCACGGUUCGGUGGUGGGACAUGACCAGGGCUGGAGCUUGCCCUCAGGAUGGUGGCUGGUGGGGGUCUGGCUGUGGCCCCCACCUCUCUGCCUCACCCGUGUCUUGUCCUCUCCCCAUCCCCACGCACAGUCUGGAGGCACCUGGAUCAGUAUUAGUCUAUUUAUCAGAGGUGUAAAUACUCCUGUAUAGUUUUCUCCUUUUAGAUUAUUUUGUAUGUGGGUGGUUCAGUGCAGAGACCUCAUGGGACUGGGGCAGGGGGGUAGGAUUUUUUUAUUCUAACCUUUUUUUUUUUUUUUUUUUUUUUUGCCAUGGCCUUGUAAACUAGAGCUGAGGAUCAGCAGCAAAUAAACACUGCACUGCGCUUC